UGUCCCGAAAUUCACCCCUAGUGUAACUUCUGCCUCUGCUCCUCCUCUUCUUGGAACUGCCUUUUGUUUGUCUGGCAGCGUUGGUUCUAUGGGGGUGUGUGAUGAUAAUAAUACGCGGGCUUAUAUAACCGUCUUCAUCUUGCGAGCACUUCGCAGACCGUCGCUAAUGAAUCUUGGGGCCGGUGUCGGGCCGGGGCGGCUUGAUCGGCAACUAGGAAACCCCAGGCGCAGAGGCCAGGAGCUAGGGCAGCGAGGAUCAGAGGCCAGGCCUUCCCGGCUGCCGGCGCUCCUCGGAGGUCAGGGCAGAUAAGGAACAUGACUCUCCCCCUCCGGAGGAGGAAGGAAGUCCCGCUGCCACCUUAUCUCUGCUCCUCUGCCUCCUCCCUGUUCCCAGAGCUUUUUCUCUAGAGAAGAUUUUGAAGGCGGCUUUUGUGCUGACGGCCACCCACCAUCAUCUAAAGAAGAUAAACUUGGCAAAUGACAUGCAGGUUCUUCAAGGCAGAAUAAUUGCAGAAAAUCUUCAAAGGUUGAAGAUCUGCAACAAAGCGAAACCCCUGCGCUAUCUAUGCCUUACCGGUCUCACCAACAAUAAGCCUGGUGACUGACAAUCGAGAGGGGGCUCUGUCCACGUAGGUGCCAGCACAAGCUGAGGACACAAGUGGAACAGAGGAACCAGCCUUGCACGGAGGAAGCACCUUUUCCUUCUGGUGAUUGAUUGAUGGGGGACAGUGAGGAGGUUUUCAGAGGCUGGAAAAAAUUGUCCCAGUCACUUACUAUGAAGUCUUUGUCAGCAGAAAAGGCUCUCCGGGGUAGAGAAUGAUAUAAUGCAGAUGACAAAUGACAGGACCCUAUCUGCAGAUGUUCUGAAUACCUCUGAGAAUACAGAUUGAUUAUUCAAACAGGAUACCUAAUUCAAGAACUCCAGAAAUCAGGAGACGGAGACAUUUUGUCAGUUUUGCAACAUUGGACCAAAUACAAUGAAGUAUUCUUGCUGUGCUCUGGUUUUGGCUGUCCUGGGCACAGAACUGCUGGGAAGCCUCUGUUCGACUGUUAGAUCCCCGAGGUUCAGAGGACGGAUACAGCAGGAACGAAAAAACAUCCGACCCAACAUUAUUCUUGUGCUUACCGAUGAUCAAGAUGUGGAGCUGGGGUCCCUGCAAGUCAUGAACAAAACGAGAAAGAUUAUGGAACAUGGCGGGGCCACCUUCAUCAAUGCCUUUGUGACUACACCCAUGUGCUGCCCGUCACGGUCCUCCAUGCUCACCGGGAAGUAUGUGCACAAUCACAAUGUCUACACCAAUAACGAGAACUGCUCUUCCCCCUCAUGGCAGGCCAUGCAUGAGCCUCGGACUUUUGCUGUAUAUCUUAACAACACUGGCUACAGAACAGCCUUUUUUGGAAAAUACCUCAAUGAAUAUAAUGGCAGCUACAUCCCCCCUGGGUGGCGAGAAUGGCUUGGAUUAAUCAAGAAUUCUCGCUUCUAUAAUUACACUGUUUGUCGCAAUGGCAUCAAAGAAAAGCAUGGAUUUGAUUAUGCAAAGGACUACUUCACAGACUUAAUCACUAACGAGAGCAUUAAUUACUUCAAAAUGUCUAAGAGAAUGUAUCCCCAUAGGCCCGUUAUGAUGGUGAUCAGCCAUGCUGCGCCCCACGGCCCCGAGGACUCAGCCCCACAGUUUUCUAAACUGUACCCCAAUGCUUCUCAACACAUAACUCCUAGUUAUAACUAUGCACCAAAUAUGGAUAAACACUGGAUUAUGCAGUACACAGGACCAAUGCUGCCCAUCCACAUGGAAUUCACAAACAUUCUACAGCGCAAAAGGCUCCAGACUUUGAUGUCAGUGGAUGAUUCUGUGGAGAGGCUGUAUAACAUGCUCGUGGAGACGGGGGAGCUGGAGAACACUUACAUCAUUUACACUGCCGACCAUGGUUACCAUAUUGGGCAGUUUGGACUGGUCAAGGGGAAAUCCAUGCCAUAUGACUUUGAUAUUCGUGUGCCUUUUUUUAUGCGUGGUCCAAGUGUAGAACCAGGAUCAAUAGUCCCACAGAUCGUUCUCAACAUUGACUUGGCCCCCACGAUCCUGGAUAUUGCUGGGCUCGACACACCUCCUGAUGUGGACGGCAAGUCUGUCCUCAAACUUCUGGACCCAGAAAAGCCAGGUAACAGGUUUCGAACAAACAAGAAGGCCAAAAUUUGGCGUGAUACAUUCCUAGUGGAAAGAGGCAAAUUUCUACGUAAGAAGGAAGAAUCCAGCAAGAAUAUCCAACAGUCAAAUCACUUGCCCAAAUACGAACGGGUCAAAGAACUGUGCCAGCAGGCCAGGUACCAGACAGCCUGUGAACAACCAGGGCAGAAGUGGCAAUGCAUUGAGGAUACAUCUGGCAAGCUUCGAAUUCACAAGUGUAAAGGACCCAGUGACCUACUCACAGUCCGGCAGAGCACGCGGAACCUCUACGCUCGCGGCUUCCAUGACAAAGACAAAGAGUGCAGUUGUAGGGAGUCUGGUUACCGUGCCAGCAGAAGCCAAAGAAAGAGUCAACGGCAAUUCUUGAGAAACCAGGGGACUCCAAAGUACAAGCCCAGAUUUGUCCAUACUCGGCAGACACGUUCCUUGUCCGUCGAAUUUGAAGGUGAAAUAUAUGACAUAAAUCUGGAAGAAGAGGAAUUGCAAGUGUUGCAACCAAGAAACAUUGCUAAGCGUCAUGAUGAAGGCCACAAGGGGCCAAGAGAUCUCCAGGCUUCCAGUGGUGGAAACAGGAGCGGGAUGCUGGCAGAUAGCAACGCCGUGGGCCCACCUACCACUGUCCGAGUGACACACAAGUGUUUUAUUCUUCCCAAUGACACUAUCCAUUGUGAGAGAGAACUGUACCAAUCAGCCAGAGCAUGGAAGGACCAUAAGGCAUACAUUGACAAAGAGAUUGAAGCUCUGCAAGAUAAAAUUAAGAAUUUAAGAGAAGUGAGAGGACAUCUGAAGAGAAGGAAGCCUGAGGAAUGCAGCUGCAGUAAACAAAGCUAUUACAAUAAAGAGAAAGGUGUAAAAAAGCAAGAGAAAUUAAAGAGCCAUCUUCACCCAUUCAAGGAGGCUGCUCAGGAAGUAGAUAGCAAACUGCAACUUUUCAAGGAGAACCGUAGGAGGAAGAAGGAGAGGAAGGAGAAGAGACGGCAGAGGAAGGGGGAAGAGUGCAGCCUGCCUGGCCUCACUUGCUUCACGCAUGACAACAACCACUGGCAGACAGCCCCGUUCUGGAACCUGGGAUCUUUCUGUGCUUGCACGAGUUCUAACAAUAACACCUACUGGUGUUUGCGUACAGUUAAUGAGACGCAUAAUUUUCUUUUCUGUGAGUUUGCUACUGGCUUUUUGGAGUAUUUUGAUAUGAAUACAGAUCCUUAUCAGCUCACAAAUACAGUGCACACGGUAGAACGAGGCAUUUUGAAUCAGCUACACGUACAACUAAUGGAGCUCAGAAGCUGUCAAGGAUAUAAGCAGUGCAACCCAAGACCUAAGAAUCUUGAUGUUGGAAAUAAAGAUGGCGGAAGCUAUGACCUACACAGGGUUGAACUGAAGCUGUCGAUUUUCGUCAGGAAUACCACAUAUUGUGCUCCCGGGAUAUCUUAUCAGGAGCUGCAUGACAUCUUGGUGGUAUUACCUUUGAUUACUUGGCAAAGGUGGAGUUUGCUAGAGGACAGUUAUGGGAUGGAUGGGAAGGUUAAUCAGGCCCAUCUCACUGCAGACAUCAACUGGCAAGGCCUAGAGGAGAUGCACAGUGUGAAUGAAAACAUCUAUGAGUACAGACAAAACUACAGACUUAGUCUGGUGGACUGGACUAAUUACUUGAAGGAUGUAGAUAGAGUAUUUGCACUGCUGAAGAGUCACUAUGAGCAAAAUAAAACAAAUAAGACUCAAACUGCUCAAAGUGACGGCUUCCUGGUUGUCUCUGCUGAGCGCGCUGUGUCAGUGGAGAUGGCCUCUGCUGACUUAGAUGAAGACCCAAGGCAUACGGUUGGGAAAACACCUCAUUUGACCUUGCCAGCCGACCUUCGAACCCUGCAUUUGAACCGACCAACAUUAAGUCCAGAGAGUAAACUUGAAUGGAAUAACGACAUUCCAGAAGUUAAUCGUUUGAAUUCUGAACACUGGAGAAAAACUGAAAAAUGGAUGGGGCAUGAAGGGACCAAUCAUCUGGAAACCGAUUUCAGUGGCGAUGGCAUGACAGAGCUAGAGCUGAGGCCCAGCCCCAGGCUGCAGCCCAUUCGCAGGCACCCGAAAGAACUUCCCCAGGAUGGUGGUCCUGGAAAGGACAUUUUUGAAGAUCAGCUAUAUCUUCCUGCGCAUUCCGAUCCGCAUUCAGUUCAUCAAAUGUUCACCAUGGCCACCGCAGAACACCCAAGUAAUUCCAGCAUAGUGGGGAAGAUGUUGACCAAGGUGGAGAAAAAUCACGAAAAUGAGAAGUCACAGCACCUAGAAGGCAGCGCCUCCUCUUCACUCUCCUCUGAUUAGAUGAAAUUGUUACCUUACCCUAAAUACAGUAUUUCUUUUUAACUUUUUUAUCUGUAAACUAAUAAAGGUAAUCAUAGCCACCAACAUUCCAAGCUACCCUGGGUACCUUUGUGCAGUAGAAGCUAGUGAGCAUGUGGGCAAGCAGUGUGCACAUGGAGACUCAUCGUUAUAAUUUACUAUCUGCCAAGAGUAGAAAGAAAGGCUGGGGAUAUUUGGGUUGGUUUGGUUUUGAUUUUUUGCUUGUUUGUUUGUUUUGUACUAAAACAGUGUUAUCUUUUGAAUAUCGUAGGGACAUAAGUAUAUACAUGUUAUCAAAUCAAGAUGGCUAGAAUGGUGCCUUUCUGAGUGUCUAAAACUUGACACCCCUGGUAUAUCUUUCAACACACUUCCACUGCCUGCGUAAUGAAGUUUUGAUUCAUUUUUAACCACUGGAAUUUUUCAAUGUCGUCGUUUUCAGUUAGAUGAUUUUGCACUUUGAGAUUAAAAUGCCAUGUCUAUUUGAUUAGUCUUAUUUUUUUAUUUUUACAGGCUUCUCAGUCUCACUGUUGGCUGUCAUUGUGACAAAGUCAAAUAAACCCCCCAGGACGACACACAGUAUGGAUCACAUAUUGUUUGACAUUAAGCUUUUGCCAGAAAAUGUUGCAUGUGUUUUACCUCGACUUGCUAAAAUCGAUUAGCAGAAAGGCAUGGCUAAUAACAUUGGUGGUGAAAAUAAAUAAAUAAGUAAACAAAAUGAAGAUUGCCUGCUCUCUCUGUGCCUAGCCUCAAAGCGUUCAUCAUAUAUCAUACCUUUAAGAUUGCUAUAUUUUGGGUUAUUUUCUUGACAGGAGAAAAAGAUCUAAAGGCCUUUUAUUUUCAUCUUUAUUUGGUUUUCUUGGCAUGGCUAAGAAGCUUAAAUGUUGACAAAAUAUGAUUAGUUUUGAACUUAACACCAAUAACUUCUCAUGAAUGUUCCACAAUUUCAACAUACCACAAGGGAAGUUAAUUUCUUAACAUUGUGUUCUAUGAUUAUUUGUAAGGCCUUCACCAAGUUCUGAUAUAUUUUAAAGACAUAGUUCAAAAUUGCUUUUGAAAAUCUGUAUUCUUGAAAAUAUUCUUGUUGUGUAUUAGGUUUUUAAAUACCAGCUAAAGGAUUACCUCACUGAGUCAUCACUACCCUUCUAUUCAGCUUCCCAAGAUGAUGUGUUUUUGCUUACCCUAAGAGAGGUUUUCUUCUUAUUUUUAGAUAAUUCAAGUGCUUAGAUAAAUUAUGUUUUCUUUAAGUGUUUAUGGUAAACUCUUUUAAAGAAAAUUUAAUAUGUUAUAGCUGAAUCUUUUUGGUAACUUUAAAUCUUUAUCAUAGACUCUGUACAUAUGUUCAAAUUAGCUGCUUACCUGAUGUGUGUAUCAUCGGUGGGAUGACAGAACAAACAUAUUUAUGAUCAUGAAUGAUGUGCUUUGUAAAAAGAUUUCAAGUUAUUAGGAAGCAUACUCUGUUUUUUAAUCAUGUAUAAUAUUCCAUGAUACUUUUAUAGAACAAUUCUGGCUUCAGGAAAGUCUAGAAGCAAUAUUUCUUCAAAUAAAAGGUGUUUAAACUUU